AUGUCGACCCGAGCUGCUCUGUCACUCUACCGCCGCUCAUUGAAGCUGGCACUGGACUGGGCCGUUCACCGACACCUAUGGCGAGGCCAGGCCCUCUAUAUUCGCUCACUCUUCGAGGCCAACCGCAAUGUCACGAACCCGAGACAGCAGAGGGCCUUGUUGACCGAGACGGAGAAGUUGCUGGAUAGCUGGAAGCACCCCGACCCGUACACUCCCCCAACCGCACCUGGUGGUUCGAAAUUCGAGCGCAACCUGCCAUCGCCUAUCCUGGACCCCCCCCCGCAUGCUGUCAACCGACAUUGA